CAGUUUUUUUAAGAUUUAGAUGACAAAAAGAGGGAGGUGUUUAUUUCUAGAUACAAAAGAAGAAGUGUUCAGAACCUGAGAAACAAAAACUCAAAACCUGCAACAAAGUUACAGAGGGAGAGAGAUGGGGGUGAUUGAAGAGAGAGAGAGAAAGAGCAUGGCGGCUAUUGCAGAUAGAGAGCAGUAAUCCUAAUUCCUAAGUAAAUAGUAGCUACAAACGCCAACACAUACACCAAAACCAACACUUGGAUGAGAAAGAAGAUCCAAGCUGAAGAAAGGAGUUGAAGACUGUCCCUCAAAUAUACUCUACGACGCUCUCUCUCUAAUUCAACUCACGGAUACAAGACAAACAACUUUCGACUUCUCUACCGACAAAAUUUCAACUAUCGAGAUAUAAAGCAAAAACAAUGGCUGGGUUUUUCUCAUUAGGUGGUGGUGGAGGAGGAGCUGGAGGAAGAGUAGGAAACAACAACAUUUAUCAAGACCUUCACCAAAAUAUUAACCCACCAAACGCAAUUCCACUUGAUGCUUGGUACUGGUACAGAAACAAUGACAAUCCUUACCAGGGCUUAGACCUAUUUCAACAUCAAGCUCAACUCCUUCAGCAACGACAGCAGCUUCAACAACAGCAAGAUCUUUACUCAACAGCAGUUGGUUUAGGCGUCGGACCAAGCAGGAACGCAAUCAACCUGGUUAACGGUUCACCAUCAAGAUCGACGCCGAUGAGAGGUGGUAGAGUGGGGAGCUCUAGUUGUCAAGACUGUGGCAACCAAGCGAAGAAAGAUUGUCCUCACAUGCGAUGCAGAACUUGUUGUAAGGCCCGUGGUUUCGACUGUUCGACCCAUGUUAAAAGCACUUGGGUUCCUGCUUCUAAACGCCGAGAGAGGCAGCAACAAGUUGCUGAAAUGCAAAAACAAAGGCUAGAAGAACGUUUACAACAAGAAGACCAAGCUCGUGGAGGGAAUUCAAAGAGGCAGAGAGAGAAUCCGAGCUCUUCUUCUCUUGCCUCAGGGUUAGAAGAUGGAGAUUUUCCUGAAGAAGUGAGCUUUCAAGUGGGAUUCAGGUGCGUCCGAGUGUCAAGCCUCGAUGACGACGAUGACCAGUAUGCUUAUAAAACGGCUGUGACCAUAGGAGGUCAUAUCUUCAAGGGUAUUCUCUACGAUCAAGGCCCUGAUAAUAACUACACCACUGGUGAGAGCUCUACCGGUGGUGAUGGUGGUGGAGGAUUUCAGGCCCCAGCAGCGUUGAAUUUCAUUCCUGCUGACCCCAUUCCCACCACUUCAGCCACCGUCUCUACCACUGUAACUGGUGGUCUUGUUACUGCCCCUUCUUCCUCCGCAUAUCUUGAUCCUUCUACUUUAUACCCAACCCCACUCCACACUUUCAUGGCUGGUACGCAAUUCUUUCCAAGCCCAAGGUCUCCUUAAAGCUCCGUGCUCAUCUUUUGGUUACUACUGUCUCCCACGCUUGUCACCUUUAGAGUAAUAUGU